AUGCCCAGCCAAGCAAAAGCCGGCAGUGCCGGGGUUAAGGUUAUUUUUGGAGCCAUGACCAUUGGAAAGCAAGGCGUGGAGAUGACCCGGAUUCACUCACUUGACGACACAAAGGCCGUGCUCGACAUGUUCCAGAAAUAUGGUCAUAACACAGUUGAUACUGCUCGAGUCUAUGGUGGAGGCUCAUCCGAGGAGUACCUCGGAGCUUUGGACUGCUCGAGCCGUGGGAUCAAGCUUGAUACCAAACUAUAUCCAACCGCCCUCCGGCCAAAUUUGUCGCCAUAUGAGCUUUAUCACCACUCAUCCGAGGAUCUCCGUCGGGGCCUGCUUCAAAGCUUGAAGGCGCUGGGAGUUGAUAAAGUCACAACAUGGUAUCUUCAUGGACCGGAUCGGACUGUGCCCUUUGCGGACACUCUUCGUGCCGUCAACGAGCUCUACAAGGAGGGGCUCUUUGAGAGAUACGGUAUUAGCAACUAUCAGGCUUGGGAAGUCGCACAGAUCUGUGAGCUCUGUGAGAAAAAUGGAUGGAUCAAACCCACCGUCUACCAGGGUCUCUACAACGCUUUCCACCGCGCAGUCGAAGCCGAGCUGUUCCCUUGCCUGCGCUACUACGGCCUUUCCUUCUACUGUUUCAAUCCCCUCGCUGGUGGGUUUUUGACUAGCCGUUACACCCGCGACAUGACCGAAUUUGAGGAAGGCUCUCGGUUUGACCCGAAGCGUUACCAGGGUAAACUAAGCCGCAGCCGCUACUUUGACGACUACUUCUUUGAUACAUUAGAUAUUCUGCGACCAGUUGCCAAGAAGCAUGGACUGAGCGAGGCUGAUUGUGCACUACGCUGGCUGUCUCACCACUCUCAGCUGAGAGCAGAGAAGGGUGAUGGUGUCAUCGUUGGCGCCAGCAGCCUGAAACACUUGGAAGAGAACCUAAUGGCUCUUUCCAACGGACCGUUGCCUGAAGAGGUGGUUGAGGCCCUGAACAAAGGCUGGGAAAUAGUUCGGGGUAAAGAGCUCAAGUUCUGGCACUGA